AUGCCCGCAUUCAAGCGCUUGCCUCAAUCUCUACAACUCGCAAUCGUUGACGCUGCACACCGUCGUGAUCCCCCACUAUCAUCUCUCUGUCCUCGUAUCGCACACGAACAUCUUCUCUGCUCUAUCUGCUUUGACAUAUUGAGUUUUCCCGUCACUUUGCCCUGUGGGCACAAUUUUGACCGAGGCUGCAUUUUGACCGCUUGGGCGCACGAAACGUUAGCUACUCCCCCUAUAGCUGCCAGUCGAUUGGAGGAUGAGAUUGAAAGCUCUCGACAACGAGUGCAAAGUCAUUUGUGUCCCUUGUGUCGACAACAUACUGAGAAUGAGGAGCUUCAGGUCAAUCUGCUACUAAAAGAUCUCAUCGUAUUGCUAUAUCCCUCAGAGACAAGAGGUGCUGCGACAAUAUCCAAGCAGCAGUGUUCUCACUUGACGUUGCCACCAUCGCCCAGUGCAGCACUUACCACUAACACAGCCGCUUUAGCUUUUCGACGCCGACCGAAUCUACGCAAUUUUUUCUCUUUCCUCUAUGUUUGCGCGGCCUCGGUCACGGACCCGCCAGGAUUCGUGCUAGCUGUCCUCCUGUUGCUCAUUUUGUUAGCUACUGCGUGUAAUCCGCAGCCGGCUACGGCGCCUCCUGCAGCGUCAGCGAUGAUAAUGUUCGACACGAUGGACCGUGUGUGUAACGGGCUGUCGCUCAUAAUUCAACGGAUUUCGAUGCAGAUGGAUCAAUUGGACCAAGUGUCACCAUGGAUUCGCCUGGUUUCGUUCAUGCUUUAA